AUGGGAUUUGGAGUCGCGUUAAAAAAUGCACAAGGAAAUGUGGCGACCACAGUAUUAACCAUGGUUUAUUUGUUGGAAACGAUGCUCACGAUGUGGCUUCUUCUUACCCGCUUAUGUCCAGUUUAUUUAACGAAUCCAAAUAUAGACGGACUGAGGUAUCAAAAUCGUCUUAGUGAGGAAUGGGAAACAGCCAGUAAACAGCGAUUGAGAGUUUCCCGUUUGGAAGCCCUUUGGUCGGCGUAUUAUCGUCUAUCGGUGGUGCUUAACCAACUCAAACGAGCGGUUCGUGCAGAAGCUGUUCCGCAUCCUGCAAUCGCAGUCAACACAUUCUCCACUGCGCAAGAAAUUUCGGUAAUUACUGUGAAUGAGGAAACUGCGGCAAAACGAGAUGAAUCGGAAUCAUCGGAUAUUGACCGGCAAGAAAAUAUUGGAAAAACGAGCUGUUCGGAAGGGGUAAGCACAACGGUUAAGGAAUUAAAAGCCAUGCAAGGAAAGGAAGAAAUGCUUGCAUUAGACACGGAGUUCUCCGAAGAUAAGAAAGAGGAACUAUCAAAAGAAUGUGGCACGCAAGCCGUAUUUCUAAAAAUGGAAGAUGGGGUCAAUCUUCUUCAAAGAUAG